AAAAAAAUAUGGCAGCAAAAUGUAAAUGCUUGUGACAGGUGCAGUUCUGGCAUCUCCAAUAACAUCGCAGAUUAAUUCUAUAUUGAGUAUGCAGUUAAAUCUUAUCAAAAAACCCAUUUAUACUGGAAUCCAUGCCACAUUUUCAAAAGGGGAUUUCCAUUCGAUUGAAGGUGUUCCUUAUAGCGAAAUUAAGAAUGCGUGGAAACUUGGUCAGCCCAUGAACGUAAACAAUGAUGAGCAAUGCUCAGUCCUGUUAGAAGACGGUUCUUUGAAACCAGUGAAAUGUUCAGAGACUUACCCCUACGUGUGUUAUAAGGAGAAAACAGAGGACUUGUUGGUCAAUCAAUGUGGUACUGUUGAUAAUGAUUACAAAUAUAACAAGGAGACUCGUCAUUGCUACAAAAUACAUCGGGAGCCCAGAACAUUCCAAAAGGCUUUCAUGGCUUGUUCGUCUGAGGGCGGCUAUCUGGCUGUUAUUAAUUCCAUAGAUGAGGCAAACUCUCUUAAGAGUCUGUUCUCUCAAAACCCAGAGAGCAGUAUGGCUGUCCCGUCAAAAGUCGACGCCGCUUUCGUGGGUAUAACAAGAGAAGCGGAUUCAGAAGAAUGGAGAACGAUACACGGACAAUCUUUGAUCGAAGCAGGGUUCGGCGAGUUCCCAACGCGCGAUUUCAACGCGGAAGGCUGCGGCGCUGUUGACCACAAUGGCAGAUACAUUGACCUCCCAUGCGAUGCCGUUGCACCAUUUGUGUGCGAGAGAAACACUUCGUACUGUCCAGAAAACUUUAUUAGUAAAUUUAAAUAUGAUCUCAAGAUUUACAAAAGCAAGAAUAAAUAAAGCAAGUGAUAACCCCUUAUGUGGUUAACCUUAUCAAAUUGAUCCGUCCAGUAUUCUUUGCAUGAAACUUCUUACUGUAACACACACUUAUCGGCAUCGCAACGAAUCGUCUCACGAAGAAAUACAAGCAUAUCCCGAGGCGAGGCGAUUACAUUAAGAUUGCGACCAGUCUGUGCUGCAGUAGAAAGUUUCAUACAAAAAUACUGAACGGCUCGAGUUGAUACGCUUAUGACCCCUUCCCGAUUUGAUAUGUCUGCUACAACCUUUCGGGUAACUAACACCAUUAAGUUGUGAUGUUCUAUUAAAGUAAGAUCACAAGACCGCCAGACCUAAUUUUUUUUACUUGUGGAAAAAAUAUGCAUAUUUGAGUAGUGUUAUUGUGUACAAUGAACGUACACAUACUCGCUAACUUGUGCUGUGGGCUAAUUUUCAGAUGGCACAGGUGUGUUAAAAUUUUACUCACUUUACUUACAGUCUGAGGACCGAUUGCUAUGUAUGUUGUAGAAAAUAUUGCUAACAGUUCGAAAUUAAUACUGUCAGACACAUUUUGUCAGCAGUUUUUAUUGCUAGAAAUUUUUAAUAUCUAAAGCAAAAAACACAGCUGUAUUUUGCCAUUUCCUUUGUUCAUCUCUUAUUUUAUCCAUGAGAAAAUUAAGUAAGGUCUGGCGGUCUUCGGAUCAUAAUAAUAUACUAUAAUAAUCCUACUCUGUUUGGUCAACAUCCUUUUGGAUUUUAAAGGAAACAAAAUAUACUUUUUCUCAAACAUGUUUUAUUUUGACAACCUUCUUGGAGAUAAAUCGAAUUUUUUGCACUGACCAAAUACAUGCGACCACUGGCCGGCAAUAGUUGUAUAAAAAUCCAUAUUUGCCGUAGUUUAGCGGCAAAAUAAAAAAAAAAACAUAAUAAUGGCCCGCGCAGAGAAUGGACUUUAGUCCGCGGGGGAGUUUUGUACACGUAUCAUGAAAAAAUUGUCCGCCGAGACUUGUCUCGGACUCAACUCCGUACAUUUGGCCCCCGGAAAUUUAGUGAGGCGCACACUAUGAAAGCAAUAUACUGAGAUAGCGUUGUAUUGUAAUUAACAUGAAGUUUUGAAAAAGAGAAUAAUAAUAAUAAUCUAUUUAUUUCUUUCAAGAAUGGUUAC